AUACAACUAAAGCGACUUUGUAUGCUCUGAAUGUAUGGCGAUAUUGGUGCAUGACAAAAGGCCUGAAAGAUUAUAUGGACAUUACCAAGUUCUUAUGACCCAGAUUCCAGCGGUGAAACUCAAUGAACUCCUGGAGGAUUUCUAUGUCACGGUGAAGAAAACAGAUGGUUCUGAUUUUCUGGCCACAUCGCUUCAUGCCAUCCGUCGGGGAUUAGACCGGAUACUGAAGAACGCUGGCAUUGGUUUCUCCAUCACAAGUGGAAGCUUCAACUCAUCUACCAAGAAGCUGAAGGAGAAGCUGAGGGUGCUAAGCUAGGCUGGGAUGUCAGGCGCUCGCUCUCACAACAUUUUCCACUUCUCCCUUUACAAUGAAGAAGAAAUGUGGA